GAGAUGGAGGUUGGAAACCACACCACUGUGACAGAGUUCAUCAUCUUGGGGUUGACAGAGGAUCCUACACUUUGUGCCAUCUUCUUUGUGAUAUUUCUAGGAAUAUAUGUUGUCACUUUAGUGGGCAACACCAGCAUCAUAGCUCUAAUAAGAAGCUGUUCUCAGCUUCACACCCCCAUGUACCUGUUCCUCAGCCACCUGGCUUUUGUGGACAUUGGGUGUUCCACAGCAGUCACACCUAUAAUGCUUAUAGGAUUCUUAGGACAUGGAACUGUCUUCCCUGUGGCUGGCUGUGAAGCCCAGCUAUGUUUUGUGGUGACAUGUGGGACCACCGAGUGCUUCCUGCUGGCUGCCAUGGCCUAUGAUCGCUAUGUGGCCAUCUGCUCCCCUCUGCUGUACUCCACCCACAUGUCCCCCAGAGUCUGCCUUCUCUUAGUGGGGGCUUCCUACCUGGGUGGCUGUGUGAAUGCUUGGACAUUUACUAGUUGUUUAUUGAGUCUGUCUUUCUGUGGACCAAAUCAAAUCGAUCACUUUUUCUGUGACUUCUCCCCUUUGUUGAAACUUGCCUGCUCAGAUGUCUCCUUAAUUGAAAUUAUCCCUUCCAUCUCCUCUGGCUCCAUCAUUGUGGUCACAGUGUUUGUCAUUGUUCUCUCUUACAUCUACAUCCUCACCACAGUCCUGAAGAUGCGCUCCUCUGAAGGGCGCCACAAGGCCUUCUCCACCUGCACCUCCCACCUCACUGCAGUCACUCUCUACUAUGGGACCAUCACUUUCAUCUAUGUGAUGCCCAAGUCCAGCUAUUCCACCAGCCAGAAUCGAGUGGUGUCUGUGUUCUACACAGUGGUGAUUCCCAUGUUGAACCCCCUCAUCUACAGCCUGAGGAACAGAGAUGUGAAGGAGGCCCUGCGGAAGACAACUGUCAGAAUAUAUUCUUAG